AUGGAAUUGUUAAAGGAAUGCUAUAUUGAUGAUGUUGAUUUUGGAGGAGUUUUCGAAAAAUGCCAUAAUAAGCCUCAAGGACUUUUUUACAUCUUCCAAGGAUAUCUUUUUCGAGGAAACCAAUUGUGUGUGCCUAGACAUAGUGUUAGGGAGACUUUGAUUAAGGAGUAUCAUGAAGGAGGACUUGGAGGACAUUUUGGAGAAGAGAAGACCAUAGCUUUAGUAAGUGAGACCUUCUAUUGGCCCAAGCUUGCUAAGGAUGUCAUUCAUGUUAUCAAGAGAUGGUUUUCUCCUUUCUUUGUGGUUUAUGGCCUUAACCCAUUAACCCCUAUAGACCUUACGCCUUUUCCUACACCAUUGAAGUUCAGUCACGAUGCCGAGUUGAGAGCUAAUGAAAUUCAAAAGGUGCAUAAGCAAGUUGUGGAAAGGAUUGAGAAAAUGAAUGAGAAGGUUAAAGAAAGAGUGGAUCAAAAGAGAAAAGAGAUUUAA